AAGGACAGAGGCAGCUUUUCAAGCUCAUGUUGCUGCUCCUUGGUACAUAGUUGCUCUGAAUGAGCAACCUCCAUAGAAAAGAUGAAAUUUGAGGAUCUCUUGCUGGAAAUUGGUGGCUUUGGCAGAUUCCAGAUUUUGAUUUUGUUUAUCCUCUGCCUCCCAAGAAUCAACCUCCCCAUGCAUUUCCUGCUGCACAAUUUUCUUGCUGCUACCCCCUCUCAUCACUGUGCAAUUCCACACCAAGAGGCAUUUGUGAAUCUCACCGUGGAAGAAGUUCUGCUCAUCAGCAUCCCCCGGGAGCCCGACGGCACUUUCAGGUCCUGUGAGAUGUUCUCGCAGCCUCAGUUUCACCUGCUGCUCAAUUCCUCUCUGCAACCAGAAAACAACUCCAUCAUCCAGCACUGCCAGCACGGAUGGGUCUAUGACCACUCACAGUUCACCUCCACCAUCUCCACCCAGUGGGACCUCGUGUGCGAGCAGCGCGGACUGAACCAGGCGACUGCAACCUUCUUCUUCAUUGGCGUUACGCUGGGGGCUGUGGUAUUCGGAUACCUUUCAGACAGGUUCGGACGGAAAGCCAUGCUCCUGCUGUCGCUUGUGUGCUCUGUCAUAUUUGGGAUGCUGAGCGCUGCCUCCGUCUCCUACAGCAUGCUGGCCAUCAUGCGGACCCUCACUGGGGUGGCCCUGAGCGGCGUCUCCCUUAUUGUGUUGCCUUUGGGGAUGGAGUGGGUGGACAUACAGCACCGCACCUUCUCCGGGAUCCUGACUAGCAUCUUCUGGAGCAUCGGGAACAUGCUGCUGGCCAUGGUAGCGUACUUGGUGCGGGAAUGGCACUGGCUAUUAGUAGCCGUAACAGGACCUUGUCUUCUGAGCAUUGUCUGCCUGUGGUGGGUCCCAGAGUCUGCCCGGUGGCUCAUAGCCAAUGGCAAAGUGAAACAAGCUCACAGGCAUCUGCUUAGAUGUGCAAGAAUGAAUGGAAGGAAAGAAUUUGCUGUCUCACCAGAGGCCCUUAGAAGGAUGGCAACAGACAAAAAGCCAGGAGGGAGUUACUCCUACAUCAGCUUGUUCAGGACACCAGUGCUGCGGAAGAUCUCUCUGUGUUCUGGGGCUGUAUGGUUUGGUGUUGCCUUCUCUUAUUAUGGCAUGAGCAUGAACCUAACUGGCUUUGGGCUCAACAUGUAUCUCUCCCAGUUUGUCUUUGGGGUCAUUGAGAUUCCAGCCAAGAUGAUCAUGUAUGUGGUGAUGAAUCGAGCUGGACGACGGCAGAGUCAGGCGUGGGCACUCAUCCUGACUGGGCUAUGCAUCGGAGCCAACGUCAUCAUUCCCAAGCCCUUCACCUCCUUGCGCUCUGUAGUAGCCAUUAUGGGCAAAGGUUUCUCAGAAGCUGCAUUCACUGCUGUCUUCUUGUACACCUCUGAGCUCUACCCGACCGUACUGAGGCAGAAUGGGAUGGGGUACACCUCCUUCGUGGCACGCCUCGGCGGGGCUUUGGCCCCACUUGUGUUUCUGCUGGAUGAGGUGUGGAGGUCUCUGCCCGAGGUGACGUACUGUGGUGUAGCAGCGUGCUGCGGCUCGGUGGCCUUCCUGCUCCCGGAGACGCUCAACGCGCACCUGCCUGAGGGUAUCGAGGAUGUCGAGAAGGCACAAGUGAAAGGGCCGCCACAAAUCAGUGCUCCCGAGGGCAUGCCGCUACAGUCUCUGCUGAAGUGA